AUGUCUCAGAAAGGACAAAAAGGAGGACAGGACACCAGUGCAUCCUCUCGCCCUGGAUCCUCAUCAGAAAAGACUCCAUUACGAUCUGCUCUACGUCACUCCUCCAAAGACGGUCAUCACAGAGGCUCUUCCACAGAAUCCUCAGGCUCACGGUCUCACGGGAGGAGAAGGAGCCUUGGACAGAACUCUAUAGCAUCAGCAUACACUGCCUACCUCAAUGCACUGUUUGGUCAGGACAGAGAAUUAUUGCCUGAGGAACUGGAUGAGUUGCUGUUAGCAUUUAAGGAAUUUGACUAUGACCAGGAUGGAUAUUUACACUAUAAGGAUGUUGCAGACUGUAUGAGGACUAUGGGAUACAUGCCCACUGAGAUGGAGCUAAUAGAGAUUGUUCAACAGAUCAAAAUGAAAUGGGGAGGUCAUGUGGAUUUUGAGGAUUUCUGUGAGCUAAUGGGGCCCAGGAUGUUGGCAGAGACUGCUCACAUGGUUGGCAUGAGGGAGCUACAGUGUGCUUUCAAACAGUUUGAUUUUGAUGGGGAUGGACGGAUCACCUUGGAGGAACUGAAGGAGGCCAUGAAAACGCUCCUGGGGGAGAAGCUGAAGAAAGGGGAGCUGGAGGAGAUCCUAAGUGACAUCGACCUCAACGGAGAUGGCAACGUGGACUUUGAUGAAUUUGUCAUGAUGCUAUCAGCUCGAUAG